AAUAUGGAAUUUACUCCUAUAAAAAAUUAGAUUAGAUAGAAAAAGAAGUUGAACUGGGCCUUAGCUCAUUCCUAUCGAGAGAAGACCUGACCUGUCAGUACGGUUCUUUCUCAAAGUUGUAAACUCCGUCCUCCUUCAACCUGCGCCCCCGCCAGGGAGCCUCUCCCUUGAAACCGCCGGAAGAAGAACCAGCGGCCUCAAACGUCUCCCCGUCACUCUCCUCAACCGCGAACCUGCGGCCCUCCUCCGUGCGUUCUCAGGCUUCCCGGCUACGACUAAUCAGCAGCUCCUGAAGCUUGCGAGCAGUUCUUCCUUCCUCUGACGGAGACAACGUUUAUCCGGAUUGAAGGGAUGGAGCAGUCCGUGAAUUCUAUAAACUCUGACCUCCAUUUGGUGCAAGAAACUUAUGCUGUGGAAUUGCCAGAGGUACGCACUCCCAUUACAGUUCUUGGUUUAGGUGCGUCAUCAUCAACACCCACAAAAGUGAUCAAUGAAGAGCCUCAAUCAACACCAACUAGAAAUACACCGGUAGUUGGCAUGACUUUUGAUAGUGUUGAAGCUUUUGAGGAACUCUACAAAGCAUACAAUUCCUCUAAUGGAUUUUAUGCAAGAAAGCGUACUAGUAGAGGAGACAAGUACUUGAGGUGGGUUUGUCGAAAAGCAGGAUUCAACUCCGUCAAAUGUAAACAGGUCGAUGUGGAUGGUAAGAAAAGAAGAAAAACGGCUUCGGUGAGAGUUGGUUGCCAACAUGCAAUUAGUUUGAAAUUCGAACCUAAAAUUGGAAAGUGGAUUAUCUUGUCAUUCACGCCUGAACACAAUCAUAGUAUUGUCACUCCAAACAAGGCGCACUCCACGCCCAACGGAGAGGUUGUAGACGAAAGCGACCAACUCAUGAUUGAAAUGUUCAAAGACCAUGGCACAACAAUAGGAAAGGUGGCUACGUUUGGUAAAGGCAGUAGUCAACGUAAUUGUUAUAACCACAUGAAAGAUAAGAUUCUCGAUAUUGAUGAUGCACAAGGAGUUCUUGAAUACUGUACCCAUCAAUCAAAGUUGGAUCCCGGAUUCUUUUAUCGCGUGCAAAUUGAUGAUGAAAGCAAGAUGUCGAAUUUUUUUUGGGUUGAUGCAAGAUCUAGGAUGGCUUACAAAGUUUUUGGUGAUGCCAUAGUCUUCGAAACGAUAUACCACACAUACAAAUGUGAGAUGCUUUUAGCCCUUUUCAUUGGUGUUGAUAAUCACAAAAGAAACAUCUUAUUUGGAUGUGCCUUAAUCAUGGAUAAGCAACAAGAGACGUUUGAAUGGUUAUUUCGUACAUGGCUAAAAGCAAUGGAGGAGAAAGAGCCCGUCUCUAUGAUCACCAAUCAAGAUAGUGUGGUGUGUAAUGCUGUCAAAGUUGUUUUCCCAAACGUUCGACAUAGAUUAUGUAUUUGGCAUAUACUAAAGAAUUUCCCGGAGAAUCUUCCAGUGGUUGACAACAAAUAUAAAGAAUUCAAAAGAGAGCUAAAAGUUCUCAUUCAAACGUCAUUGUCCAGAGCUCACUAUGAUGAGCAAUGGUUGGAAAUGAUAAAUAAAUAUGGACUACAAGGAAAUGAAUGGCUACAAAAUCUCUUUCACAUUCGAGAAGAGUGGGUCCCUGUGUUCACAGUAGACACUUUCUUUGCAGGGAUGCAAGCAAGUCAACUAGUAAAAACUGUGAACUCUCUAUUCAGCUCAAAAAUGAAUUGGGGGUCCUCCCUACUGGAAUUUAUUCAGGAAUAUGAUAUUCUUAUGGAACAUCUGUACGAGAUGAUGCGGCAUGAAGAUUAUGAAAGUCGACACAAAAAUAGGAGUUGUGAUCGAAACUCCUUCCUUGAGGAGCACGCAGCUGAGGUAUAUACUCGCAAUAUGUACCGAGAAUUUUACUCAGAAUUGGUCCAAGUGGAUAGGUACAAGUACGUAAAAGUAAAAGACUAUGUUGGCCCAGGUGAGGAGUACAUUGUGCGACAUGUUACUAACCCAAAAGAAUGCUACGUCGUAGUUAUUGAUAUGCAAUCCUUAGAUGAAGGCAUUGUUAAUACAGUGAGCUGUUCUUGCGGGUUAUUUUUGUGGAAUGGUAUAUUAUGUCGUCACAUUUUGAAGUUAUUUAACUGCAAAAAUAUCCUUCGGAUUCCGGAAGCGUACAUAUUGCAUCGAUGGUGUAAAGACGCAAGUCAGCCUUUAGAUGUAUUUAUCUAUCCCAAUGCAGAUGAGAAGAGUAAAGUUAUGAAGAGAGUGCUUAAUUUAAAUCACUAUGCCGAAAAAAUAGCAAGUCUUGCUUCUAGGGAUGAAGUGACCUAUCAUUUGGCAACUACAAUGUACCAAGAUGGAAUCCAUAAAAUUGAAAGUUUCAUGCAUGCGAGAGAAAAUGAUCUCGAUGGUGAUGGCGCAGAGGCUUCGGGUGUAUCUUCAAAUCCCACUUUGCCCGAACCUGAAAGAACACGGUGUAGUUUGCAAGUGCUUUUAAACCCCUAUGUUUCGAAGACAAAGGGUCGAAAAGAAAAAAACAAGUGGUGGAAAUCUAGUCUUCAUGAGGUCGCAAUGAGUGGCCAACAAAAGUGUGGCAUUUGUCAGGAUGCCGGACACAAUGCUACAACAUGCAAGAAAAGGAAAGCUGAAGAUACAACCCCAUUGGACCAGAUGCGAGAAGAGAACGUCCUUGUAACAAAUAUUGGGAGUGCGGAUUCUUAACAAAUAAGUGGAUGGAUUCUUAACAGAUGAUCUGGUAUCAUUACAUAACCGGUAACAAACUUCCUCCUCCAUUUCAUGUGCUGUAAUUUUUCCAUUUUAUAUUUUUGUCUCAGGUUAAAGAAGUGGUACAUGAAGCACGAAAUCAACGCAGAAAGGGAAGUUGUAGAUAUAUAUCUCUAUUGGAUCAGAUGCAGUGUUUUAGCUUUGAGAAUUUUUCCGUUAGUCCGGUGUUCAAAGUAGUAGAUAUGAAAGGUUUAUGUGUACAUUUGUUCUUUCGUGUUUCCAAUUUGUUGCACAGCACAUUGGUGACUUGAAUUGUAACAGCAAGGAAACCAACAGCACAAGAUUCAUCACUAGCCUCUUAACAGUUGGAUUGCAGAACAUAUUGUCAUUACUUGAGAAAGAAGAUACUAAAUGUAUGUGUCUCCACAUCUGACACUGCAGGGUGCACCCUCAAAAGUUAUAAUGGCUUCCAUCUAACCUUCCACCAUCCCCUACCAUCCAUUGCCGUUAACUGCAAGAAUAUUAACCUCUGGAGCUAUUCUCGUUCUGCUCUAUCCCCUUGAUCCCUUCUCCUCUUCCGUUUUUUUCUUUCUUCCACGGUUCUUCUUCUUCGGAUCUCACUUAUCUAGGACGCACAUCUUCAUCUCCCAUUGCCGAUCUUCAUCUCAGGUACAACCGGCUGUACCAUAUACCUUCUCGUCCAGAGCAGCCAAGAAGCAUAACCACCAACAGUGUAACGAACUGGUACCGCAUCCCCUACCCCAAAACUCCGGUUGAGGUAGCAAAUGGGGGCCCAAGACGGUGCCAUCAGUUGCAAGUUCCAGAAUUAUCCACAAAGAACAAAAACAUUGUUCUCCACCCAUGGCAUUCAGAGAGACAGAACAGUACCGGAUGUCUCUAAGUGUCAAAUGU